UGUCACCAUACACAACACAACUCUUCGAAUUCGAUGACAGCCAUGAUGUUUAUAUGUUGGAAAACAUAUUAAUUUGUCCGAGGAAUAAGGGAAAUGAAUCAAUAUGAAGCACUAAAACCAAAAUCAUCCUUCAAUAAUAUAUCUGGUUCCCCGCACCAUGGCAGCAUCACGAAGCAUAUACAUAUACACGCCGUAAGCGAUGACAGCAACAGCAACACAUCAGAUCUACUCCGGACCUGCGCAAAAAACGACAAAGGUGGCGGAACUACAAGAUCAGGCCAAUACAAUAUCAAAGUCUCUACCAAUCUACACCUCCUGGAACGACAUAUUGCAAUCAUCACCGGGUCACGAAUCUGGUCACGAAUCUGGUCAGGUCCACCCUUUAACCACCACCAACAAAUCUUCGUCCAAAGCAUCUACCCAAUCCCAUAUCCACAAACAAAAACCACACUUCCUCCUAAACGCCGCCUUUCACACAAAACAUUGCAUAAUCGGCCAGGGAAGCAAAACAGAAGCUUUGUUAGUAGUCCUCCGCAGACCAUGGUGUGUACUCGAGAUAUGUGUCAGCAACAACAACAACCUCUACAGCACAAAAGUUCUUGAGUUAGUACUCGCGUUUGCGCGAACGGCCCAGAGAUGGGAUUAUAAGGGAUAUGAGACCGCUGUGUUUUUGUUGGGGUUUGAGAUUGAGGCCAGACAUCGUCUUCUUUUCCUGACACCAAAAAGGGUUGACAGUGACUACCUUCGAACUUAUCGCAGGGGAAUGUACGAUAUUCCAGCCAGAAAAGUCUACGAGAUAUGUAACACGCCAAUCUUCCUACCAAGUCUGAGAUCAUUCAAUUCCUUCUGGAUACGACUCAUUUGCGUCUGCGCCGUUGGGCUCGGAGUCAGUUUUUCGGAGAUGAUUUAUAUGCUCUGCCAUCAUCAUCAUCAUCAUCAUCAUCAUCACCGUCGAGGACAAUCAAUUGAGCACGAUGAGCAGAGGGCCAACUGGCACAAGUCUGAUACUGGCUUCUCAAAGACAGGUAUUGAGUUCAUCCGGUACGAUAGUCGAAGACAUUCGGCAAGUGAGCUCCGUUCUUCCUGUCCCACAACAGACAACGCUGGAGAUGAAGAAGAUAUUGUAGCAAAGAUGUUGUAUUUAUACAAACAUAUCUUGGGAAGGACUGAGGAUAGUAUAUAAACAGAUAGACAUAUAAUACCCUUCAUAGUUGGAAUAUUACAAGCUCUGAAAUCU